AUGGGCCCGCGAGCCCGGCCGGCGCUUCUCCUCUUGAUCCUCCUGCGGACGGCGGCCACGCAGGGCCGACCGCCGCGGUCACACUCCCUGCGCUUCCUCUUCAUGGGCGCCUCCAAGCCAGACCUUGGGCUGCCCCUGUUUGAGGCUUUGGGCUACGUGGAUGACCAGCUGUUUGUGUCCUAUGAUCAUGAGAGUCGCCGUGCAGAGCGGCGCGCCCCAUGGCUCUGGGGCAGGGCCACCAGCCAGCUGUGGCUGCAGCUGAGUCAGAACCUGAAAGGCUGGGACCACAUGUUCAUCGUGGACUUCUGGACGAUCAUGGACAACCACAACCAGAGCAAGGUAACGAAGCUGGGGGCGUUGCCAGAGUCCCACACCCUGCAGGUGAUCCUGGGCUGUGAGUUGCAAGAGGACAACAGCACCAGAGGGUUCUGGAAGUACGGGUACGAUGGGCAGGACCAUCUAGAAUUCCGGCCUGAGACACUGGAUUGGAGAGCAGCAGAGCCCAGGGCCCAGGUCACCAAGCUGGAGUGGGAAGUGAACAAGAUUCGGGCCAAGCAGAACAGGGCCUACCUGGAUCGGGAUUGCCCCGAGCAACUGCUGCAUUUGCUGGAGCUGGGGAGAGGGCCUCUGGAGCAGCAAGUGCCUCCUUUGGUGAAGGUGACUCAUCACGUGACCUCUUCACUGACCACUCUUCGGUGUCGGGCUCUGAACUUCUACCCCCAGAACAUCACCAUAAAGUGGCUGAAGGACAAUCAGUUCCUGGAUGCCAAGGACGUUAAGCCAACGGAUGUGUUGCCCAAUGGGGACGGGACCUACCAGGCCUGGGUGGCCUUGGCCGUGCUCCCUGGGGAAGAGCAGAGAUACAGCUGCCACGUGGAGCACCCAGGCCUGGAUCAGCCCCUCACUGCCACCUGGGAGCCCUCACUGUCUGGCACCCUGGUCACUGGAAUCCUCAGUGGGAUUGCUGUUUGCGUCAUCAUCUUCCUUAUUGGAAUUUUGUUCAGAAUCUUAAAGAGACGGCAGUCUUCGAGAGGAGCCGCUGUCAACUAUGCCUUAGCCGAAUGUGAAUGA